AAUGUUAUAAGACUCGCCUGGUUAUCACAACUCCACGAAAAACUCAGAAAAUCAAAAUGGCCAUGAUUACGCGCAACACCGCCACGCGCCUCCCUCUCCUCCUCCAAUCUCACCGCGCCGCAGCCGCUGUCUCUCACCUCCACACAUCCCUUCCCGCUCUCUCCCCCGCGACGACACCGACUUCCUACACCAGACCAGGUCCUCCUUCGACCACCGCUCCUCCGCCGGGUCUCUCGAAGACGGCGGAGUUCGUGAUCUCAAAGGUAGAUGACCUGAUGAACUGGGCCCGUAGGGGAUCGAUCUGGCCCAUGACCUUCGGGCUCGCCUGCUGCGCCGUGGAGAUGAUGCAUACCGGUGCGGCUCGCUACGAUCUGGACCGGUUCGGAAUCAUAUUCAGGCCGAGUCCUCGCCAAUCGGAUUGUAUGAUUGUCGCCGGGACGCUUACUAACAAGAUGGCUCCCGCUCUUCGCAAGGUGUAUGACCAGAUGCCCGAGCCAAGGUGGGUGAUUUCAAUGGGAAGCUGUGCCAACGGGGGUGGAUACUACCACUACUCCUACUCGGUCGUUCGAGGGUGCGACAGAAUUGUGCCAGUGGACAUAUACGUCCCUGGGUGCCCUCCAACAGCUGAGGCUCUGCUCUACGGACUCCUCCAGCUUCAGAAGAAAAUCAACAGGCGCAAGGAUUUCUUGCACUGGUGGAACAAGUGAACAAGU